UGAAAGGAUGAUUUUGAAAAAUUGAUGGCUAAAUUGGAUAAAAUUGAUGGAAGAGUAAAAAAGUAUCUUCAAGAUGCUGGGUAUGAAAGAUGGGCUAGGUCUCAUGCAACAGUGAACCGUGGGAGAAUGAUGACUUCAAAUAUAGCUGAAUGUAUCAAUGGUUGCCUUGUUGAUGCACGACAAAUACCUAUUAUAGAUUUUUUGGAGGAAGUUAGAAUUCUAUUUGGUUCUUGGAAUUGCAAAAAUAGAGAAAUAGCUUCUUAUACAAAAGAAACAUUCAGCAGAAGAUUUGAAGAUAUAUUGGUUUUAAACGCAUCAAAAAGUGCAAAAAUGAAGGUUGUUGCAUCUUCUGAGUUUAUUUUUUCAGUGUAUGAAGGUGGGAUUAGAUACAUUGUUUGUCUUGAGAGGAAAACUUGUUCAUGUGGGAGAUUUCAGCAUGACGAGAUACCUUGUCCACAUGCAAUAGCCGUCUUGAAGAAGAAGAAUAUAACAGAUGUACACCCCUAUUGCUCUGAUUAUUAUAAACACGAUGCAUUAACAAAUACUUAUGCGAUUCCAAUAAAACUAAUGCCAGACAAAAGAGAAUGGAAAGCUCCAGACUCUGUUUUGGAAGAAGUUGUCUUGCCACCUAAAUACAAAAAGAUGCCUGGAAGAGCAAAAAAAAAGAGAAAGAAAAAUGCAGAUGAAAAGAUAACAACAAAAACGAAUUGUUGUGGACGUUGUGGUCAAGAAGGUCAUAAUAAAAGAACAUGUACCUUCUUUCCAAAAGAUUCUUGAUUUAUAUUUUUUUAGUUUAUUUGAUGUGUA